UGGCAACCUGUUUCUGUUUUGAAACCGUCUGCUAUUUAGACGAGGUGAACAUGUGAAAUUUCACCGCUAAUCUCACCUUUGAAGUUGGAAAGCAUUAUUAAAUAUAUUUAGUUUAUUUAUAAAAUAAUCUCAUUAAAUAAAGAUACCUCGAAAUGGUUUGGAAGUGCUUCAAGAUCCAUUUUUAUUUAAAACAAAUAAAAGCACAGCAAUGGAAAUCUACUCUUCGAUGGGCUUCUACUACUGUACAUAAACCAGUUGAAAAAAUCAGAAACAUAGGUAUCUCAGCCCACAUUGAUUCUGGAAAAACAACAUUAACAGAACGCUUACUAUACUACACAGGAAGAAUUGAUGAAAUGCAUGAGGUGAGAGGUAAAGAUAGAGUUGGUGCUAAAAUGGACUCCAUGGAACUUGAGAGACAAAGAGGAAUUACUAUCCAAUCAGCGGCAACCUAUGUUCAGUGGAAAGGGGUGAACAUCAAUAUUAUCGAUACACCUGGGCAUGUCGACUUCACUGUUGAAGUAGAACGCGCCUUGAGAGUUUUAGAUGGUGCCAUUUUGGUACUUUGUGCUGUUGGUGGUGUGCAAUCACAAACUAUGACUGUUGUUCGUCAGAUGACUCGAUAUAAUGUGCCUUGUGUUGCUUUUAUUAACAAAUUGGACCGAAUGGGCAGUGACCCUUGGAGAGUUGUCUCACAAAUGAGAUCAAAACUAAGCAAGCAUUGUUCUUUAGUUCAAAUACCAAUAGGAUCUGAAAGCAAUGUCACUGGUGUAAUAGAUAUAAUUAAUCGCAAAGCUCUGUAUUAUGAAGGAGACAAUGGGUAAAAUAAUUUUUCAAUGUUAUUUU